AUGGUUCGUUCAUAUGCUCAGGUUGUUGUCAUGACAUUGGGACUCGCAUCUUUGGCAUUGUCUGCUGCAGUAGACAAGAAUCUUGCUGGAGUCUCAGUCGAGCGUGACACCGUCCCUGAAGAUGUCGGAGACUCUAGUAGAUACGUGCCUCGCUGCAACUCAUUCUACAAGGUGCAACAAGGGGAUACUUGCUGGGACAUCAUCACCCAGAACGAAGAUGCAUUAACCAUGGACCAGUUGCUGUGCUGGAACCCGGACAUCAACCCUUGGUGCUCGAACCUCAUCCCCGGACGCAACAUCUGCACUGGAGUGGCCAAUUCCGCUAGUUUCAAGUGUUGA